AUGCCUCAGGAUAUGCCCCCAACGGGGGGCUACGCUCAAGUCCAGUACAAGCGGAACCUCCCUGCCCGUGGCUUCAAGCCCUUCUACUACAUGGUCGGCAUGCACAUGAUCAUGGCCUACGGUUUCUACAAGUACUUCCACGGUGUCCGCGAGCAACGUGAGCUUGCCCGUGAGAAGAUGUGGGGUCGUCUCUACCUCACCCCUCUCCUCCAGGCCGAGGAGGACCGUGACCAGGUCCGCCGUUACUACGCCGACAAGGCUCGCGAGAAGGAGCUCUUGGGCGCCGAGCAGAAGGUCUACAACUCGGACCGCUUCGUCCGCCCUACCUUCGCCUACACUCCCUCCAAGGUUACCCAAUAG